AUGUCUGGGCCAUUGUCGCCAUAUCCACUCUUCGUCUUGUCCAAGGACAACGACAGCCAGUACCUCAAGACGCUUCUCAGCGAACUUGCAUCGGCUCCAGGCAGUGGCGGCUGCAAUAAUUUCACGCUGGUUACUGCAACCAACAAUGCUACAAUCCCUGUUAAGCGUUAUGUUCCCAUCCGCGAGGGUAGUGACGAAAUGCGCGAGUCGAUCAUUUCCGGUACAACACCGGAUGUAGUGCCUGAGCCAUUCACUUCACCAUUCACAGGCAAAGACCUUCACGAAUGCGCCAAAUGGAUCCGUGACUUGCCACACGACCUAAACAUUGCUUGGCAGAAGGAGUUCUUCUGUGCAGUCGACAAGCACUGCCGCGACGAGAACACCCUCCUCCUCGUUCGUCGGUUUGAGUCCGCUGAGGACGGUCUCGCUGUGCAUGCCUUCCCGGUCGCCGUGACAGAUGCUGAUUCAUUCAUCAUGAAUUAUGUUGGAGACGACUGGGAGGAUCAAUUGCAGAGGUACCAGAGGAGGGCCCACAGAAGGGGCACGGCUGAUAGAAGUGUUGGUGUUCCAUUUGAGUAUAAUGCAGUGAAUCAUUGA